GGCUCGCUCUCGGCAGACCAGACUAGAGGACAGUGCCUAACCCAGGAUACUCAGACGCACAAUUUUAACUACGAGGAGACCGAACGGAGAUCAAUUCACAAUUUAAAGGGUUAGAUUUGAGAGGCUGCAACUCAGAAUGGCUACCGAAACAGCCUCUGUUUUUCUGUCCCCCUUCAAAACGUGCUUUCUUCUACUUUUGGGUGGUUUGGUGUCCAAAGCUGCGCAGGACCAGCAGGGAAGUUUGUACAUGUGGAUUGAUGCCAACCAAGCCAGAAUCCUAAUUGGGUUUGAGGAGGAUAUCUUGAUCGUGUCCGAGGGGAAAAUGGCUCCAUUCACAACUGACUUCAGAAAGGCCCAGCAGAGGAUGCCUGCGAUACCAGUGAAUAUCCAGAACGUCAACUUCACCUGGCAAGCUACUGAACAGGCAGAGUACUUCUAUGAGUUCCAGACACUGCGCUCCAUGGAUCUGGACAUCAUGGACAACCCCACGGUCAACGUUCCUCUGCUGGGCUCUGUGCCAUGUAGACCCUCAGUGGUGCAGGUGGGCUUCCCGUGUUUAGGAGACCAGGAUGGCGUAGCAGCGUUCGAGGUCACCGUACUGGUCAUGGACGCCGGUGGUAACAUCAUCCUGAGGACACCUCACAACGCCAUUUUCUUCAAGACAUGCCAGAGAGCUAAAUGUCCAGGUGGUUGUCGUAACGGUGGGUUCUGCAACGAGAGACAGGUGUGUGAGUGUCAGGAUGGUUUCUACGGCCCUCACUGUGAGAAAGCCCUCUGCUCUCCCAGGUGUCUGAAUGGUGGACUGUGUAUGAGUCCAGGGGUGUGCAUCUGCCCACCUGGUUACUAUGGAGACAGCUGCGACAAAGCUAACUGCAGCAUCACAUGUUUAAACGGAGGGACGUGCUUCCACCCAGGGAAGUGUAUCUGCCCUGCAGGCUACGAGGGACCACACUGUGAGAUCAGUAAAUGUCUUCAGCCCUGCAGAAACGGAGGGAAAUGCACUGGGAAAAACAAAUGCAAAUGUGCGAAGGGUUUCCAUGGUGACUUGUGUUCCAAGGCUGUCUGUGAGCCCAGCUGUGGAGCCCAUGGGUCCUGUGUGGAACCUAACAGGUGCCAGUGUAAGGAGGGCUGGCACGGACACCACUGUAGUAAGAGAUACAGAGGAGGUGCCCCUAACACCCAUCGUCUCUCAUCAGGCCCUAAACACAAGCCUCAGCAGCACUCCUCCUCUGCCAAGGAGGUGAAAGACGUACCCGAUGCCAACCUCCCAGCGGAGACCAAUUACGUGGUGUAAGAGCUGGGUCUGGACAACCAGACCUGGGUUCAAACACUAUUCAAAAUCUUUCAGCAUUUGCUCUAGCCUGAUUGGUUGGGUUGCUGUUUUGGAACUGUUCUAUUGGUCUGUUAAGCCAGGCAAGCUCAAUCAAGAAUAUAUUAAGCAUUUGUUAUUAUUUUAAGUAGUAUUUGAACCCAGGUCUGCAGAUAACCCCACCAGUCCCCCACCACCUCCUAAUCUCCUCUGCGGUAGCCAACAUAUCAUACAUGGAGGUUAUACACCAUCAUUACCACACCUAGCUACCUUAGAUACCUACCCUCAGCCCCUCCCACUACCUAGCUACCUUAGAUACCUACCUUCAGCCCCUCCCACUACCUAGCUACCUACCCUCAGCCCCUCCCACUACCUAGCUACCUUAGAUACCUACCCUCAGCCCCUCCCACUACCUAGCUACCUUAGAUACCUACCCUCAGCCCCUCCCACUACCUACCUACCUACCCUCAGCCCCUCCCACUACCUAGCUACCUACCCUCAGCCCCUCCCACUACCUAGCUACCUUAGAUACCUACCCUCAGCCCCUCCCACUACGUACCUACCUACCCUCAGCCCCUCCCACUACCUAGCUACCUUAGAUACCUACCCUCAGCCCCUCCCACUACCUACCUACCUACCCUCAGCCCCUCCCACUACCUAGCUACCUUAGAUACCUACCCUCAGCCCCUCCCACUACCUAGCUACCUUAGAUACCUACCCUCAGCCCCUCCCACUACCUACCUACCUACCUACCUUCAGCCCCUCCCACUACCUAGCUACCUUAGAUACCUACCCUCAGCCCCUCCCACUACCUAGCUACCUUAGAUACCUACCCUCAGCCCCUCCCACUACCUAGCUACCUUAGAUACCUACCCUCAGCCCCUCCCACUACCUACCUA